AAAUAGGUAACAAAAAUGAAAAACCUAUAUGACUGCUACACCCUUUCCCGUGUUGAGGCAGUGCCAUCACCGUCUGGUAGACCGACAUCACAGAUUCAGAGAAAAAUUAAUUGGGUGACUUUGAACCCUUUUGGUGAAACACUGCAGCAUACUGAAGGCAACGACAUGGCUAAAGAAGGAUCCAGAGAUGGUGGUGCCCCUUUACAUAUAAAAGAAAAGAUCACUGACAAUGCAACAAGCACUGUGUUGCCUACAUUUGAGUCCUUCAACUUUGAAAGAAGUGAUGUGAUGGAAGAAGAUGUUAUGGAAUGUGAACCGGGCCUUAUUUACUUUGAAGAUGGAUCUUACUCUAGGGGUCCUGUAGAUAUCCCUUUGGGCGAAAUUGAUGAUACGAAUUAUCAUGUCACUCCAACUUACAAGUUCGAACAAUGCUUGGUUAAAGGCUGCCAUAAAAGGAUUCGUAUUGUCCAUACCAUAGAAUUCAUAGAUGGUGGUUCAGACAUACAGAUAAUGAGGGUCGCCGUCUAUGAAGAAGAAUGGACUAGUCCUGCCAAUAUCAAAGACCCAAGUGAUCUAGAGUUUGAUGUCAAGCCAUUCUCUCAGAGAAAACGAACCAGACCAUCAGAGCUGAUGGGGUCCUGGAAAGUCUUUGAGGUCAGUGCAACUCCAGUGUUUGGCAAUGCCAACGACAACGACGAUAUCAUAGAAGCCGGCAACGGUAUCCCAUUCAUAUACCUCUGUACAGAGACUCUGAAAAAGAGGAGCUUCCCUGAGAGCACCAACGCCUUUGGAGAAGAGGAGAUGCUAGACAUGCAAGAUGUAACCAUGCUAUGGCUUCCUGGGGGUGUAACUUGCUAUGUGGAUAUCAGUAAGGAUGGUGUUCUUUGUAUUGGAGUUGGAUGGUACUCUGAUGAAGGAAUAAACUUGGUCAUGGAGAGGGAUUAUGGGGUUGAUGGAAAACUUAAAGAAGUAAGGUGGAAAUCAGAGGUAAAGAGAAGAUGGUCUAAUCCACCACCUGUAUAAAUAUAAGUUAUCUUGAAAUUUUGUUUUUCUGAGGAUUACUGACUUGUAAAGUAUUUUGUAUGGGGAGUAAAUUAAUGAUAGAAUGUAAAGGCAUGUUUGUGUAGUUA